CAGUGCCGGAGCCAGCCGAGGGCGAGCGGCUCGGCCAUGGCCGCCUCCAUGAUCUGCCGCCGGGUGUCGGCCGGCCUGAGGGGCAGCGGGCUCCGCGCCGCGCUGGGCACCGCCACGCCAAAGGUGUUUGGUGGAAGCCCAGGAAUACUCAGUAAUCAUGGAUUCCAAGUGCAACAACAACAACAGAGGAGGCUGUCUCUACAUGAGUACUUGAGCAUGGGACUGUUGAAGGAGGCUGGCAUUUCUGUUCCACAUGGGCUAGUUGCCAAGACACCAGAUGAAGCUUACCAAAUAGCAAAACAAAUAGGUUCAAAGGAUCUUGUGGUAAAAGCACAGGUUUUAGCUGGUGGUAGAGGAAAAGGAACAUUUGAAGGUGGCCUCAAAGGAGGAGUGAAAAUAGUUUUUUCUCCAGAAGAGGCAAAAGAUAUCUCCUCCAAAAUGAUUGGAAAGAAGCUGUUUACCAAGCAGACCGGAGAAAAGGGCAGGAUAUGCAAUCAGGUGUUUAUCUGUGAGCGCAGAUACCCCAGGAGAGAAUACUAUUUUGCAAUAACAAUGGAAAGGACUUUUCAAGGUCCUGUGUUGAUUGGCAGUUCUCAGGGUGGUGUUAAUAUUGAAGAUGUUGCUGCAGAGAAUCCUGAUGCGAUAAUUAAGGAACCCAUUGACAUAGUAGAAGGCAUAAAAAAGGAGCAAGCUGUUAGGCUUGCCCAAAAAAUGGGGUUUCCUCCUAAUCUGGUGGAUGAAGCAGCUGAAAAUAUGAUCAAAUUAUAUAACCUCUUUAUGAAAUAUGAUGCUACCAUGAUAGAAAUAAAUCCUAUGGUGGAAGAUGCAUCAGGAGUUGUGAUGUGUAUGGAUGCAAAGAUAAACUUUGACAGUAAUUCAGCCUAUCGUCAGAAGAAGAUUUUUGAUAUGCAGGAUUGGACACAGGAAGAUGAAAGAGAUAGGGAUGCUGCAAAAUCAGAUCUCAACUAUAUAGGAUUGGAUGGAAACAUAGGUUGCUUAGUCAAUGGUGCCGGUUUAGCUAUGGCCACAAUGGAUAUAAUCAAGCUUCACGGCGGAACUCCAGCGAACUUCCUUGAUGUUGGUGGUGGUGCUACAGUGCAGCAAGUGACAGAAGCCUUUAAGCUUAUUACCUCUGAUAAAAAGGUGCUGGCUAUUCUGGUAAAUAUUUUUGGUGGCAUUAUGCGAUGCGAUGUGAUAGCACAAGGCAUUGUUAUGGCAGUAAAGGAUUUGGACCUAAAAAUACCUAUUGUGGUACGGUUGCAAGGUACACGAGUUGAUGAUGCUAAAGCUUUAAUAACGGCCAGUGGCCUCAAAAUUCUUGCCUGUGAUGACUUGGAUGAAGCUGCAAAAAUGGUGGUGAAGCUCUCUGAAAUAGUCAACUUAGCAAAGCAAGCUCAGGUGGAUGUCAAAUUUCAGUUGCCAAUUUGAGCGGUGUCACACCAGCAUCUACCACCUUCUCUGAAAUACUGUCUCUUCUGUAUCUGGGAUAUUUUUGUGUGUGUGGGGAGGUUUUGAUUGUUUGACAGGCGCACAAACUGAAGUAUCUGCUCCUUAAUGUUAACAUUCAGAAUGGUCAGAGUUCUUGUAAAAGCGUGUAUUGCUGAUAUUUAAUCCUUCUUAGUUGUUCUCAAGCCUCCAGCUUCCUCUGCAGAAUGUCACUUGCAAUAUACUUCUGCGUUGUCCAAAGCAAAGCUUCUGGUUGAAAAGCAAUUGUUCUGAAUAAAUUCUGAAGUUACUUUACUUGUAAAUUUGGAUUAGCCUUUGUGAAGAGUCAACACAACUAGAUGAUCUAGUUGUCCACGUGGAGAAAUGCAUUGAAACGGUAUUUUAUAUUGGAGACAGUUGUACUUAGCAGUGUAAUGGAUGUGAGCAAACCAAUUGUUAUUUAUGAGCAGGUACAUUGGAAUUGGAUCAGAAACAUUUUUAGAAGUACUUGACUGAAGUGGCUGGUAACUCUUCUGGGCAACGUGUUUAAUCACUACAAAGUAUACUGUAGCACUUAGAUUUUCACCAUUUCCAGACUUUGCAAACAAGCUCCCAUCAUUUAGUUUUAUAUAUAUAUAUAUAUGAACAAGCAUUUACCAAAAUGCAAGGAGACAAAAUACAUAGAGAGUUAAAAUAUCUGUUGUACAUUGCUAAUGAAAUUGUACAUUAAUAAAACUUCUCCCAAAACUUCUGCUGUGUUCAUGUGUCACUGCUUGAAUUAAUUUCAUGUAUUUCUGGAUUUAAACCAUAAUUUAAGACAGCAAACUAAAAGCAUUUUAGGAGUAAAUUUUCAAUAGCACAUAUGUUGAUUUUUUUUUUUCCUCCUUGAAUUGCAUUGCAUGAUUAAAGACAUGUGAGCUCACUUGGUGUUGAAAAACUUGGACAGAUAUAGCAUGUUGUUGAAGUGGCCAUAAUUAAUCUCUGCACAUACAGAUAUGCAGGUAAAUGUUGUUUUUUGGGGGGGAAAGUGCUGCUUCUAGUAGCAAAUAUGAUGUUAACCAGUAAUUUUUGUUACCUUAAAAUGCUCUUCUUUUUAGGCAUUACAGAGAGCCUGGAUAAUGAUCUUUUUAUCACUUCAUUUUCAAACAGUGUUAAAUUACUACUACUUUUUUUGUUUGUAUGUAUUUUGCAGGAUUUUUAGUUUAAAUGCUAUUUUUGUGGGUAGUGAUAGCUUAGAUUUCUCAGCAAAUAAUGGACUUGUCUUUGGUGGGAUCACAAAAUGGGAAGACAUAAUCCUAAAGGACUUCAAAGGAUUAUAGGAAAUGUAGGAAACCUUAGUCAUAGACAGUUUUGAGGUAGGUGGUGUGAUAAAUUAAACUUCUAUCAUGCUGUAUUUCAGUAUGGGUUUGGCAGUGCUGAAGAAAAUGGUUGGAAAAUAAACUCAUUUUGAAUUUAA